AUGUCGACCAAAGGAAAUACUCUGCGCGAUCGCCAGAUUGCCUCGUUGAAAAGAAUUCUCAAUCUCAACGAGACGGUCGAAUCUGGUGAAGGUGAAGAGGUCCUCGCAAAUGGCCUCCUGGCCCCCGUGGCACCCAUCCUCGAUGCCGAUGGCAAUCCGAUCUGGAAAGUUCUCGUGUUUGAUGACUUGGGAAGAGACGUUAUCAGCAGCGUCAUGCGUGUGAGCGAUCUGCGAUCCAUGGGCGUGACUAUGCACAUGCACAUUGGAACCGUCCGCCACCAAAUUCCCGACGUGCCAGUCAUUUAUCUUCUUGAGCCUUCGGCCCAAAAUAUGCAGGCAAUUACUACCGAUCUACAAAAAAACCUUUACUCUCCCGCCUACAUCAACUUGCUUUCGUCAAUGCCUCGCGUCAUCCUUGAGGAUUUUGCUACGCAGACCGCCACAGCCGGAACAUCAGAGAACAUCGCGCAGCUGUUCGACCAGUAUCUCAACUUUAUUGUUGCCGAGCCAGAUCUGUUCAGCUUGGGUAUGCAAAAGGAACACACUUACUGGGCUCUAAAUAGCGCCAAGACGAGCGACGAACAACUAGAGGCCGUUGUCGACAAAAUAGUCAGUGGUCUAUUCAGCGUCAUUGUCACCAUGGGUGUCAUCCCCAUCAUCCGCUGUCCCAAGGGCGCCGCCGCUGAAAUGGUGGCGCAGAGACUCGACCGAAAGCUCCGCGAUCAUAUACUCAACUCGAAGGAUAAUCUGUUUUCCAACGCGAGAUCAGCAGCAGCUAGCACGCCACAGUCGAGGCCCGUUCUCAUCCUGCUCGAUCGCAAUGUUGACUUGAUCCCAAUGUUCUCACACUCUUGGACUUAUCAGUCUCUUGUCCAUGACGUUUUGAACAUGAAGCUCAAUCGCAUCACCAUCGAAACACCGGUCGAUGAAAAUAACCCCAGCAGGGGUGUUUCGAAGAAGGCGUAUGACCUUAACGCUAGCGACUUCUUCUGGGCUAAGAAUGCGCCCGUACCGUUUCCCCAAGUUGCUGAGGAUAUUGAUGCGGAACUCACGAAGUAUAAAGAAGAGACGGCAGCCAUUACGAAGAAAACUGGUGUCUCUAGCCUGGAAGACUUGCAGAAUGAUACCAGCGCCAGCGCUCAACAUCUCAAGGCAGCGAUAACGCUGCUGCCUGAAAUGAGGGAACGAAAGGGCGUGUUGGACAUGCACAUGAACAUCCUGGCGGCACUCUUAUCUGGAAUCAAAGACCGUCAGCUGGAUAACUUCUUCCAGCUCGAGGAGAACGUCAUGAAACAAACCAAGGCUCAGGUCAUGGAAAUCAUCAAAGAUCAAAACAAGGGUAACGAUUCCACGGAUAAACUGCGGCUGUUUGUGAUCUGGUUUCUCAGCACAGAACAGGAAGUAGCUCGAGCCGACUUUGAGUCGUUCGAGAGAGCUCUUGCCGAAGCUGGGGCCGAUGUUUCGUCCCUGUCCUACGUUCGACAGGUUCGCGCGACGACGAAAAUGACACAGCUUACGACGAUCAACAAUACCUCCAACCAAAAUGCGUCCUCCGAUCUGUUUGGUAGGUUCUCGUCGAUUUCUUCGCGCCUGACCGACCGCUUAAAGGAGACUGGCGUGCCGACUGGUCUAUCAUCCAACUUUGAGUCUCUCAUCAGCGGCGUCAAGAAUUUUCUUCCCGCCGACCGAGAUCUCACAAUUACCAAGAUUGUAGAGUCCAUCAUGGAACCGGCUACGGCUUCCUCCUCGGCCAUUGCCAAGACGGAGCACUACCUGUACUUUGAUCCACGGUCCGCCAACGCGCGUGGCACCAUGCCGCCUCCCAGCACCAUGCGUUCUGGCGGAAAUGCACCUGGCGGCAUGCCCGGCCAAGCCGGUCCUGGUCAGGCUGCAAGCUUUGGUCAAAGAAGACAAGGUUUCAGCGAGGCUGUGGUGUUUACGGUUGGCGGUGGCAGCAUGGAAGAGUAUGGUAACCUACAGGAAUGGGUCACCAGAGCUGGUGGUGAAAAGACGAAAAAGAGGGUGGUAUAUGGCAGUACUGAGCUGCUUAACGCUAGGGAAUUUAUUUCGGAGGAGCUAGAGCGUCUCGGGAAAGAGCUUUCGUCAUGA